GAUUCAGGAGAAGGAAAAAAAACUGAACAGAACAACCACCAAGUAACCUUCAACAUUUUGCCAGCCUAAAAUUAAACACAACAGAGUUCUCAGCAGCAUGUCUGUGCUGCCCAACAAUCGUUCAGCCUUAUCUCAAGAAACCCACGAUGCCAAAGCAAUUAGUGGGUCAAAGAUGCCAUCUCUACAUACAGAACCAGCAUCUGAAGGGUUCUCUUCCAAAUCUGGGAUGGAAACUCAGCUUUCACUGUCAGAAAGCCCAAAAGAGGAUGAAGAAAAGCCAGAGGAAAAUCCAUUUACAAUUCCUCCAGAUGCCAAUAUUUUCUCAAUGAGGGACAAGGAGAGAAGAAAGGCUAAGAUGGAACGUGAAAGAAUGAAGACCAUGAAAAUCCAUGAGAAAAUGACUUACUGCACUAAAGCAAAAGCAAAGCAAACUGAGUUGAUGAAGGGUCUGCAAAAGGAGGAGGAAGAGGAGGCCAGAAAACAGGAAACAAACAAUGAAAGUCUGAAAACACUUCAAAAGACUCUUUCAGGGAAGCUACCCAUUAAAACCGAUUACCCAUUACAAAAGAGGAGCCUCCAUGACGAGAUAAAUGACCUAAGAGAGAUAUUCUACCUCGAGUAUGCCAUGGCAGUAAUGCGAGAGGAGAUGCAAAAGAUGGACAGCACAGCAGAGAGAGAGGAAAGAAAGCUGGAAGAGGCAGAAAGAAAGAUGAAGAAGGAUGCUGCCGCGUUUUAUGAGGCCCAGAAGGAGAGGCAGAAACAGUACUCUCAAGCCUUAGAAAGUGUCAGAAAAGAAGUUGCAGCACAGGAAGAGAAAACAAGAGAGAUCCAGGAAAUCAACUCCCAAAUAGAGGAUGUCAAAAGUGAUAUAGUGAAAAUGAAGAACACCCUGCAGGAGUACAAGCUCUACAGGGACUUCUUCUACAAACUAUCUCCGAAAGAGUGGCAGGAGAAACAUGGGAAAAAGGGCACGAAGGGGAAAUACUUGAAAGCAUUUCUAUCAACAGGAGAACUCUCUUCACUGGCGGAUGUAGAAAGCGAAACCAGCUCGGAUGAGGAUGAGGAGCCUGAGUUGUAUUUUACUGAUCCCCAACAAGUGCUGUCUGUUUUAACAAAGAUGGAGGAAGAUAUCUUGUCCCUCAUCCAGAAUCCCAAGGAUACCAACACAACAGUGGACAAGCUCAUCACCGAAUGUGUAAGCAAGGAGAAGAAGUUAGCAGAGCUGAAACAGCAGGUAGCCACCCUCAAAUCCGCCACUGCCAAGGAAGAAGAGAAAAAAGCAGAUCUGAAGCUUAAAGUUCACCUCUGCUUCUCUGAAGCUGAGGAGCAGGACAAAAUGCUGGAAAGCCUGAAGAAGAAGGUGCAGGAGGUUUAUAGACACUACACAGGAGAAAGUGGAGCAAACCUGCAGACAGAGCAGAUGCUAAUAAGGAUAGAAAAACAGGUCCAUGAUUUACUGGAUGAACUGGAGACAAUUCCACCAGAAACAUUAAAUCCGAUUGUGAAAGCCAAGCAGAAGGAAUGGAGGUUAAGGCUCAGAGAGGAAAAGCGAAGACAAGAGAAGCAGCAGGAGGAGGAAAGACUGAAAAGGAUGCUGAAAAAACCACUGUCAGAUGCAAAAAUGUCGCCAGACGCUGCUGGUCGGGGAACGACUAUGCUUACGAAACGAUCUGCCGAGCAAUGAAAGAGAAUGAGGCGUUGAAGGUGACCCUCCCGCACAAGGUGGUGGACGAGAGCAUCUUAGAACAAGCUGUGAAGCAGUAGUGGUAUUCCGAAGUGCAAUGUUGUCCUUGCAGAUGCAUUUUAAAGUUGCUUCCUUGAAUAUCCUAUUUUGCUGUCUGCUCAGAUGAUAAAUGCCUUGCAAAUGU